CAAACAAACAAAACAACUUUUUAUCCUGAACAGUUAUUCUAGAAUAGUGAAAAAAGAAAUGAGACAUGGUGGAACUUCUGCAGGAAAUUUUUCAAAACAUCGCCUAACUAAAACACAAUGCCGUAUAUAAAUGUUCUUUUCUUGUUAACAGGUAGAUACGGCAAACAAAGCAUCACUUAUUACAUUAGUACAAAGCUUUUCACGUUGUGUUUGCUUUACUAGUAUUGCUAAAAUGGCCCAAAAUGGGCACGCUGCUCAAGAGUUAAAAGAUAAAAUUGCACAUAAAAUAGUAUGAAUGUAACAAUUACAUUUUAAUUCUUUAGGUAGUACCUACCAUCAGUUCAUCGCCUGAACACGAAAAGGGGUACUACAGGGUUGGCCUGUAUAAAGCCUUUACAGAAAAGCUGUUGACCAAGGUUCAGUGAGGCACGUACAGAACAGCGAUGUCCUUCUUAUUCAUAAUAGUUGCAUUACGGUCUUUUGAAGAGGCAUGCACGCGAUAUGGAUGCUGGCUGUGGAACAGGAAAUUAUGCAAAAGCAUUCAUUGAAAUGGGAGUCAGGAAGAUGACUCUUCUAGAUGCAUCGUCUGGGAUGUUAGAGAAAGCCAAAGGCAAACUAAGUGAAUACAUAACAAUGGGAAUUGUUACAGAUGUUAUUGAGGCAAAAAUGCCAACGAUCCCGUUUCCGGAUGAAACUUUUGAUGCUGUUAUGUUUAACACGGUUAUCAACCAUCUUGACCGAGGGAACUCUGCUUUUCCGAACAGUGUGAAUACACUCAAAGAAACAGUCAGAAUCGUUCGGCCGGGUGGCUAUAUCAUUGUAUCAUCAAUGCUUGCAACGACAGCGUCUAGAGUCACGUGGUUCACACAGCUAAAUAUGGACUUAACGAAUCGAUUCAUCGCCGAGUGCAUUCUUUCUGUUGAGCAGUUUGAUAAAAUAUUUGAAGAUGCUGGUAUAAAAUGUAUUCAGAAACUGAAUAUAUUGGGUUCAGAUAUGUACAACACUUAUUACAACCUGGAUGGUCCAUUAGACGAGUCUUGGCGUGCAACCAGUUCAUACUGGUCAUUUGCAACAAAGGAGGAUGUUGAAGUAGCGGUACAGACAGUCCAAGAAUUAAAAGCGAAAGGCGAAUAUGAGAAAUGGGUCAAGGAACAUGACCAAGCUAAUAGUACAGGUCUUCUCACCAUAUUCAUGUGUAAACCUCUUCUUGCAAAUUAAGUCUAACAUCCAUAAAUUUGUUUAUCUGCAAACCGAAUAUACAUCACAGAAAAAUGUAACAUUUCUGUAAAUAAAUAUGUUGCAGCCUA